CUUCCACUUCCGCCAACAAGACAGACAGGCAGACACACAGACAGACGUUACCUUCACAAGUCACUGCCACCACUGUUGGCGUCACAACUUCGAUUACUGCAGCUCAAUACGGCCAGGCGCAUAACCGACGUUCCAUAGCUGGCAGCUGGCAGCUGGCGACAAGCAGUGUGGCCUCAGAGUGUGCGCGCAACGAGACAACGUGGCAAUUUGCAAUUCAAAUUAAUUGACGUGCAACAAGAGCACACCCACACACACAUACACGCAUACAAACAUAGGAGAAAAACAACUAAAAUUACCACGAGAUACAUAACGGAAGUAAGGAAAAGUGAAGAAAAAAAGAACGCAAGAACAAAAACCAACACCAGAUUAACAAAAGCAUUGAAUAACAACGUCAGCGGCUUUCACCUUUUAAAUUGCCUCGCUUUCAGCAUUUUGGCCUUCCCGAGCGCUGCUUGGUUGCUAUUCUGCUGUUCUGCUUUCGCCGUCAACAAAAAGUUUCACACUUUCACCCUAGCCGCCUUCGCCGUCACUUCAACGUCGCCUGUCACAACAAACACAUAGCCACGCACUCACACACACACACACACGCGAACACAAAUAAAGCGUCAUGAUAACACGGCUGUACAACACCGAGGAGGACCCUGCCCUUUGUUCGUUAAUUUGGGGCAGAAACUUGAGUGUGUCGAGCGCAAAUGGACAAAUCGAUGAAGAUGGUGGUGAGACAACGAUUGUUGGUAAUGUUGUUGGCGCCCAACCCACACUAUAUAGCGCACACAGCAGUUUUGGCAUAAGCAGCGCAGGCGGUGGCGGCAGCGGCAGUGACGGCGGCAUUAGUGUAGGCGCCGAGACGGAUGUAGUCAUUGGCAGCGCUGCGGUGAGUGUUGGUGGUGGCAGCGGCAGCAGUAGUUUGCGUGAUGAUUUUUUCAUUGCCAACGAGUUUUCUGAGGAUCCACGCACGGAAGCAUUACGUGCGUACUCGUACGGCAUCAUUUUGCCCAUAAUCUGUGCACUUGGCAUUCUCGGCAAUGUCCUUAAUUUGGUGGUAUUGACGCGAAGAAAUAUGCGCGGAACGGCUUAUAUUUACAUGAGAGCCUAUUCCACCGCGGCGUUGCUGGCCAUAGUCUUCGCCAUACCAUUUGGAAUGCGUAUGCUGGUGCACAAGGAUCGCGGGCGUUGGGAAGAAUUCGGGCCCGCAUUCUAUACAGCGCAUCUCGAGCUGUUUCUGGGCAACGGUUGUUUAGGUGUAGGGGUUAUGAUGCUACUGGUGCUAACCAUCGAACGAUACGUCUCGGUGUGCCAUCCGGGCUUUUCACGACCCGUUAUGGGACCGCCAGGUGUUGUCGUGUUCCUAACCACUUUGGUGACAUUCAUCAUUUACACGCCAAGCGUGUUCCGUGGUGUACUUGUCAAAUGUAUAUUACAAACAGAUGGUAACUACGUUUACUUCCGACGUGAUAACAAUGAAUUCCUAAAGACUCUUUUUUAUUCGGUCUAUAAAGUAAUGCUCGAAGUGAUAUUCAAACUAAUCCCAACCGUACUAAUAGCCGGCCUAAAUAUGCGCAUUAUGCUGGUGUAUCGAAAGACUUGUCAGCGACGGCGUGAGAUGCUCAUAUCCCGUUCGCACUGUUUGCGAGAUGAGGAUCCCAGAAAAUUCGCAGAAGAGCGGCGGCUAUUCUUAUUGCUAGGCAGCACAUCGAUUUUGUUUCUCGUUUGCGUUUCUCCCAUGGCCAUUGUGCAUAUGACGAUUGCUUCCGAGGUGCUGCCGAAUUUUUCGUUUCAGGUGCGUAUUCAGCAUUUCUAUCUGCAUAUAAUUUUUAAAUCUCUAAUACAAAUAAUUUUUGAAAUUUCUCAUUUAUUUUACUUAUUCCUUUCACAGGUGUUUCGCGCGCUGGCUAAUCUAAUGGAGCUCACCAACUACUCCAUUACUUUCUACAUUUAUUGCCUCUUCAGUGAGGACUUUCGAAAUACGCUGAUACGCACCAUCAAAUGGCCUUGGGUGAAGACGAAACUAUGUCAUCAUGUCGAUGAGAUAUCCAAUGCAAGAGCAACACCGCUAAUACAUUUCAACAAAAUCGCACUACGCAACCACCACAUAACGACGACCUCGGGAGUAUGCACCGGCAUGGGACGCUCAAGUAGCAUUUGAUCUGUGGCAAGCAUAGCAAUGCAAUGAAACUCAGACAUAUGCAUGUACAUAUAUAUACUUAUAGUUAAUAUUUACUUUAGCGAGUUUAGGCAAAGGAAAUGAAUCGAAAGUAAAGGAAAAUUCAAACUGUAUAAACUAAAAAUGGGAAUCUGCGAGCCUUUGUCAAAUGAACUUAUUUCUGUUUAGUACAAUAGUUUUUGCUUUUUGGGCUAUAAAUCUAUACAUUCAAAUUUUAUUGAAACGGAAACUACAGCUGAGAACUGCAAAUGAUGAUAAAAAGUUUAGAAUGAUUAAAAUUUUAGAACAAUGCCAUUUAGUACUGGUGACAGGUGGCAAGCGCUAAGUCGAGAUAAGUUGAUUUUUCAAACAUCCAUAGGAGUAUAGAAAUUGCGGGAAAAACAAUUUGAUGUUAUAAAAUAUUAUAAAAUACAAGAAAAUAUCAAAAUAAUGUUAAAAUAGAAUAUUUUACUAAUAAUAAUAAUAUUUAAAGCAAUUGACGCCUAGUUCAGUAGUCUGAAAAUAUUGGGUAACCUAAGAAGAACGAAGAAAAUGCUUCAGGAAAGGUAACAUAUUUUUAUAUUAUAUAUGUUUGUACAUGCAGUUUUUUUGUCAAAUUAGUUUUUUUUUUUUGUGAAAUCAUUUGUGUUUUUUGUGAAAAUGACUACAUCAUCAUCAAUAAUCUUUUGUUAUUUUUCGGAUAAAGCCAUAAAUCCAUGGAUGUAGAAGUUCUAAAUUUUCUGAGCGAAAAAAAUGGUUCAAGUGCAAAUGCAGUCGAUUUAUUUGUUUGUUAUUUAAUUUCAAUAUUUUUUUAAUGAAAAUAUAGUUCAUUUUCUUAUAAAACCAUAGAAGAUUAGGUUACCUAGGUGCUGACUGAUCUGAAAAAAAAACAAAUCUCACUUAGACCUCUGGGAAAUGUGGUACCUAUAGACAUCGCAGGCAGAAUUGCCGCUCCACGUACCUCAAUCAGACUGAGGGGCUUGUGCUAUAAGUUCAAUCUCACAUAUGGGCACUCAAGCAUCGUCAGAAACUUUGAGUUCAUCCCCUCGUGACGGAUCAGUGAGUGCUCUCGCUUAGUCCAAGCGGAACUUUCUCCACCCAUAUUCCACCAAGGGAGGAGUGGACCGGGGGCAACACUUGGGGACAGGUUCUAGUUAACCUGUUCACGGAUGGCUCGAGGCUGGACAGUAGGGUUGGAGGGCGAGUAUUCUGCAAAGAGCUCCCCAUCAAACUCAAAUUCAGGCUAUCGGAUCACUACAGUGUGUUCCAACCAGAGGUGGCCACAAUUAAAGAAGCAGCUGACUGGCUACUUACUUACUGCUAAGAAGGUAAAUAUUUACUCCGAUAGCCAAGCGACAAUUAGGACCCUAGGCUCCAUGAUGGUGCAUUCAAAGCUGGUCAGGGAAUGCCUGGUCUCUCUCUCGAUUGCAACAGAAUUCUUCGAUAUAAGGAUAAUUUACGUACCUGGUCACAGUGACAUUACUGGAAACUGCGAAGCCGACGAGCUGGCCAGACAAGGGACCUGUGAGGUGGUAUGCCCGCGAAAGGAGAGUAUCGGGAUCCCCUUGACAACCUGCGCUCUACUCCUGGAAGGAUGAGCUAUGCACCAACUCAGCGAGCGCUGGGCAAGUACACGAACGUGUAACGUCGCGAA